AUGAAAUUUCUCAUUUUAUUCGGCAUACUCUUUAAAUUAUCUUCUGCUGAUUUCUAUUGUGAUUGCAGUAAUAAGCAAACAUUCUCAGCCGAAUUUAAUGUUGAGUGGUUUUUCGCUGCACCUGAUGGUUAUAUACGACAUGUGUUGGGUAUUAAUCGACAAUUUCCUGCUCCAGUCAUUCAUGUUUGUAAAGGUGAUACUAUUAAAAUCACGGUGAUAAAUAAAAUAGAUGCUCCAACGAGCAUCCACUGGCAUGGAAUGUUUCAGUAUGGAACAUUGACAAGUGAUGGUGUUCCAGGAGUAACUCAAUGUGCAAUUCAACCUGGGGACUAUUAUCAAUACAAGUUCCACACUGAUUAUCAGGCAGGUACAUACUGGUAUCAUUCUCAUUAUUCUGUUCAAUAUAUCGAUGGACUUAAAGGUGCUUUAAUCAUACACGAUCCAAAAGAUCCAUGGAUAUCCGCGUAUGAAGAUGAAGAUAUUUUAAUGUUAACUGAUUGGUAUCAUACAUUAGCUUUAGAUUUAGAAGCCUACUAUUUAUCUCCUGCUAGUAAUGGCACGGAACCAAUACCCGAUACAGCAUUGAUCAACGGUAUUGGUCAGUAUAAUUGUUCUUUAGUAAAUAAAUGUUCAUAUUAUGAUACUAUAAUUCAAGUGAAUACAACAAAACGAUUUCGUAUUAUAAACACGUCGGCCUUUGCCGUAUUUGUUUUAACUAUACACGGUCACAAAAUGCGAAUGAUCGAAGCUGAUGGUGUCAAUUUGGAUGGAAACAUUAUUGUUGAUAGUUUACGGAUAAAUGCUGGACAGAGAUAUUCUGUUCUUGUGCACGCUAACGAACAAAAUCCAAAACGGAAUUAUUGGAUUCAAGCAACGAUCGAUUCAGAUGUAAUGGCUAGCGCACCUGUACAACCAACUGUCAAAGCCAUUUUACGGUAUGUAGAUGAAAAUGGCUGUUAUGUAUCAUCCAAAAAGCCAAUCAAUUCUCAUCUUAAUUCUACAGAUGAUAAUUUAAAAAUCUUAGAUUCAAUUCAUGAAGGUGAUCAAUUUAUCGAUAUAUAUUCAUCACUUGUGCCGUUGGACUCACCAGUUCCACAACAGAGCACUAAAAAGGUAUUAAUUGAGAUUGAAUUUUAUGCUAAUGAUGAAAACGUGAAUUUAGCUCAUUUUAAUAAUAUUAGCUUUUUACAUUUGAUGGAUACAACAUUACUCUCAUUAACGCGAGCUCAACAGCCUUAUCCACAAUCGAAUAACGUUCAAAUAAUUCAAUAUGGUGAUAUAAUCGAUAUUAUUUUGAAUAACCAUGAUACUGGUGAGCAUCCCAUUCAUUUACAUGGCCACAUAUUUUGGAUUCUUGCAGCUGGAAAAACAAAUGACGGUGAUUAUAAUUCGAGUCAAGUUGUGUUAAACACAUUGAACCCUCUAGCGCGUGAUACAGCCUCAAUAAAUCCCAUUAGUUACAUGGUAUUACGUUUCGAAGCAAAUAAUCCUGGCUUAUGGAUGAUGCAUUGUCAUAUUGACUGGCAUUUACAAGCGGGUCUAGCACUUGUCUGGGCAGAAGCCGCUGAGCUACUCCAUUACAAGUACGGAUUAUCCAAAGAACUCGACGUAUGUGCCGCAUACUAA